GACCGCGACGCGACAAAGGCAGCGCUUCUUUGUAAAUGCUUCUUCCUAUUGAUUUCAAUUUGAUUAAUGAAUAAUGGGGGAAGGCGUUGAGCACAUUUGAGGAGUUGCUUCUCCACAGAAGCUGCCUUUUUUCUUCGCCCGCUGCCGGUGUCUUUUUGGUUUACCCUUUUCUUUUUGUUUCUUCAUUUUUCAGUUCUGCGUUUCAGUGAACUCAAAGCCAAGUUGACUCUCCGUCGCUGUCUCUCCCUCUAUCUGCGGAGGUUUGUUUGUUUUGGUAAGGUUUUGGGGGAAGUUCUCCAGAAUUCAGGACAGCAGCAAAAACCAUGUUGAAUUUUAAAAUUUCUUGUGUCAUUUGCUUCCCCCAUCUAUGCUGAAUCCUGUACUCUGGUGGACCAGGGAAGUUUUUGUAUGGCAGCUUAAAACCAGGCAGAAGAGCUGAACACAUCAACUUACUGAAAAUAAAAGAAAGUUGGACAAUUCAAGGACCCAUGGAUCAGAGGCUUCCAACAGAUGGUGGGGACAGUGAAAAAGGCAAUUAUACCCUUCUUAAAGAUGAGGAGAGGCAUGAAUUGGGAACAUAUGACAAACCCCUCCCUUGCUUCGGCUGUGGAAUAGGAUGGUUUUCCCUUCUACUUGGAUUUGUCUUGCCAUUAAUGUGGUACUUUGCUACAAUUCUGUACUUCCUAAACUACUACGACAAGGAUCCGAGGGAGCGAUCAGGGCUUGCUGCCUGUGCUAUAGCUGCUUUAAUAUGUACAGUUGUUCUGACGAUCGUAGUAGCUAUCCUGGUGUUCUAAUCCUUCGGUAAUACAAUUCCUCCUCGCCUAUUAAGGCCCGUGAAUUUUUCGCAGCGUCUUAGCUGAUGGCAUGUAUUAUGUAAAUGCGUCAGACCUGUAUUUCAAGUGGGGAACUGGUGUGCAAUGGAUUCACCGAAACCCAGCUGUUCGAACGAUUCACCACUCAGUUCCCCACCAGUGUAUGUACAUAAUGGGAAUAUUGUACGAUAAGUACUCGGAGAGUUUGGUUACCAUCUACUGGAUGUUUAUAAACCACUGAAUUAUAGAUGAAUUGACGAGGUAAUUGCUCAUUACUGUACUGAAAUCCGAUACCAAUCUAAGUUUUUGCUUUUGGCA